AUGGCCACAGUAUUUGAUGAAAUUCUAGUCCAGGAUAUUGUGGAACUGAACAAAUCGACACCCACCAAAAUGGCAAAGGCAGCAGGGACGCUGUCCACGGUGGCACCCACGGAAAGAGAACUGUCCCCUGUCUCUUCCAUGUUCUCUGCCGAAGAAGUACGUCUUAAAGAGAAUGAUCACAGCGGCGCUUCUGAGGAACACCUAGAAAAGCAGCUGUCUUCGGGGCACACAGACAGACUUUCUUCCGUUGGUAAAUGCGGCCUGGCCAUCGCCCCCACUGAGUGCACGCAUGCGAGUGGCCAGCGUCCCGUGAGUCCCAGAGUCGGGGACGGCUGGCAGGGCCAGGCCCGAGCCUUGGUGACCCCCCGAACGAAGACGCCGCAAGGCAAACGCAAGGCUGGCCAAACCUCUGCCUCCCCGGAUGCCUGCCUGAAUGCCGAUCAUGAACUUAACACACGGGCCGCUGCUGCGGUUCUGGAAGCCAUGCUGUGGCCUCUGUGUAGGGCUGACCGGGACGUGUGGCGGCUGGGCCGUGGCCGCGUGGCCGGUGGCAUCGCCCCCUCGCCCCGUCUGCACCAGGACCACUCAGCCCACGUUCCUUUCCCCUUCUGCUCCGGGAUGGCUGCACGGCGCACUGCCUUCAAGUUGUACUGCUGUGGGAUCAGCUGCAGAAAACGAGUGCCCACAGGAAAUCAGUUCCUCAACAAACAAAAAUGUUCUUACUGGAGGCAGGUCCUUGAUUGUUUUCAGCUGUCUGAUCGCGGCCUGUCCAGUCUUGGGUGUAGAAGUGGCCUCAGAGAGCCCCUGUCUGGAGUCCAGUCGUUCCUCUCUGUGGGGAGGACGUGGGGCCAGGACUCAGCUGCACCUGCCCCCCUUUGUCUGGAGUGCUUGAUGCAGCUGGUGAGAGCUGGGGCCACCCUCAAUGUGUCCACCUCACGCUACGCCCAGACGCCCGCCCACAUCGCUGCCUUUGGAGGGCACCCUCAGUGCCUGGUCUGGCUGAUCCAAGCAGGAGCCAACAUUAACAAACCGGACUGUGAGGGUGAAACCCCCAUUCACAAGGCGGCUCGCUCUGGGAGCCUGGACUGCAUCAGCGCCCUUGUGGCCAACGGGGCCGAAGUCAACCUGAGAAAUGCCAGUGGCCUGACGGCAGCAGACAUUGCACAUACCCAGGGUUUCCAAGCGUGUGCCCAGUUUCUCUUGAACCUCCAGAACUGUCACCUGAACCGUUUCUAUAACAAUGGCGCCCUAAACGGGGGCCAUCAGAGCGUGUUUCCUAGCCACGUUGGCGUGGGGACAAAUCGAAAGCGAUGCUUGGAAGACUCGGAAGCCUUUGGAGUCAAGAAAGCCAGAACCGAAGCUCAAAGCUUGGAUUCUGCCAUGCCACUCGUGAAUGGCGAGACAGAAGACGACGGUGACAACAUGCACGUUGAUAGAGAGUUUGCUGUCGUAACAGAUGUGAAAAACAGUAGCUCCGUAUUGAACACAUUGACAAAUGGAUGUGUCGCCAAUGGACACAGGGACUUCCCCUCCACGACCCCGCUCGGUGGGACGGACGGCAGGAAUGGCCCGUGCCUGGCGGCACCCAUCGGGAGUAGCCCUGGACUCGCCCCGGGACAGCCGUUCCCCGGUGGCAGGGGCUCCCUCCGAGUCGGUGGGCCUGAGGAGCCGGGAAAGCCCGCGAGAGCAAACCCUGAGCUGUGCGGGUCCCUGCACCUGGACGGGAGCCCAAGCAGCUGCGUGGCCAGCAGGCCUUCCUGGGUGGACGACGCCGGGGACAACUUGUACUACGGACACUACCACGGCUUCGGGGACACGGCCGAGAGCAUCCCCGAGCUGAACAGUGUGCUGGAGCACUCCAACUCCGUGAAGGUGCAGGAGCGCUACGACAGCGCCAUCCUGGGCACCAUGCACCUGUACCACGGCUCCUAGGCGGCGCCAGCGGGGGGCAUCCCAACUUGGACUGGCCCGCACCGCAGCUUCCUCUUCCCACCCCAGUGAGCGCGUGUCUGACCCUAAUGGGGCUUGCUGAGCGCAUAGGCCCUUCCACCGUGGGUGUGGGUCCUUCUGCAGGAUGCCAGUCUCAGUAUUUCUUUCGGAAUGCUGUCACAGGACGCUGCCACUUUUCCUUCUGUCAGAUUGAGUCAUGCGCUCAAGGGCAGUAAGGGCAGUGAGCAGGUGCCUGGGAACGAAUCUCUGCUCGCACUCGGGCCUCGACUUUGAAAGCUUUUACUGUGCUCUGGAGAAUCCACGACAGAACACAGCAAUUCCCUAUGCAAGGCACAGCCUUACAAAGAUCGCUUGCAGUGGUUUGUGUGAAGAGAAGGACGCUUGUCUCUUUCCGUGUCUUUCAUUGCAAGUCACCAUGUGGUGAAGGCGUUAGUCGUAGACACAGUGGUCAGGGACCAGUGGUCCCUCCUUCGAUGACAUAGAUCACUGCCCGGGCCUCUGGAGAACAGGCCCAGCCUGGGGCUGCAUUCUGAUUUAUUGUGUUUUUAUUCCACCACUCCUCCUUGGUCUCUAGAACUUUUACCACAGAUGCCAGAUUCCUUUCUAUGUUGUGGAAGUUACUAUUUGUAGAAACUGUCAGGUCAAAAUAUUUAACUGACUCUUUGGACUUAUGUUUUCUUCCUUCCUUGUUUUUUGGGAUUUUCUGCUUUAAAAUAUAUACCACUAUGUAUAUCCAGUUACCUGAGAGAAUUUUGACUCUCUCUUAUACAACUGCAUUAAGUUUAUGAUUUUAUAGAAGCUAGGUUUUGUUUAGGCAACUAGUGGUCACACUGUGCAAAUAUUGUAAUGAAUUUUUACUUUUCUGAUUUUUUGUAAUAAAAAUUGGUGCAGAUAGAGAACAUGUCAACCGAACAAACCAAUGUUCUAAGAUUGUUACUAACAUUUUGUUUAAACUGUUCUUUAUGAAUUGAAUAAAAGACUCUCAUGCA